AUGGAAGAUUUUAAAUUGCCCAUGGCAGUUAAAUCAAAUAAAAUAUAUCAAGAUUUAAAAAAAUUUAUAAAAAAUGAUUCAAAUGCUUCAUUUAUAGCAGGUGGAAUAGCUGGAGCAGUUUCAAGAACUGUUGUAUCACCUUUUGAAAGAGCUAAAAUUUUAUUACAAUUACAAGGUCCCGGAACAAAUCAAGCUUAUCAUGGAAUGUUUCCCACUAUAGCAAGAAUGUACAAGGAAGAAGGUUGGAGAGGUUUAUUUCGUGGUAAUACUUUAAAUUGCAUUAGAAUAUUUCCUUAUAGUGCAGUUCAAUUUGCAGUAUUUGAAAAAUGUAAAGAUUUAAUAAUAAAAUAUAGAAAUAAUGAUCAUUUAAAUAAAGCUCAAAUUAAUAAUAAUCAACUAACAGGUUUAGAAAGAUUAUUUGCAGGAUCAAUUGCUGGAAUUGCUUCUGUAGCAGUUACAUAUCCUUUGGAUUUAGUACGAGCUAGAAUAACAGUUCAAACAGCAUCAUUAAAUAAAUUAAAACAAGGUAAAUUAGCUAAACCACCAACUGUUUGGGGAACUUUGAAAGAUGUAUAUAAAAAUGAAGGUGGAUUUUUUGCAUUAUAUAGAGGUAUUGUGCCGACAACUUUAGGAGUUGCACCAUAUGUAGCUAUAAAUUUUGCAUUAUAUGAAAGAUUAAGGGAAUAUAUGAUAGAAUCCCCAAGAGAUUUUUCAAAUCCAAUAUGGAAAUUAGCAGCUGGAGCAUUUAGUAGUUUUGUUGGAGGAGUAUUGAUAUAUCCUUUAGAUGUUUUAAGGAAAAGAUAUCAAGUUGCAAGUAUGGCAGGUGGUGAAUUAGGAUUUCAAUAUAAGUCAGUUAGUCAUGCAUUAUAUUCAAUGUUUAAACAUGAAGGAUUUUUUGGUGCAUAUAAAGGAUUAACUGCAAAUUUGUAUAAAAUAGUUCCUUCAAUGGCUGUGCUGUGGUUAUGCUAUGAUACUUUGAAAAGUUGGAUUGAGAAGUGGUGA